AUGGUGGUGGCUCCGGCAUUCCGCCGCCUCCUCCUCCUCUUCCUGGCCACAUUGUCUCCCCUUGUGCCCAGCCUUGCGGCAGCGGCGGCGGGGGCGCCGCUCAAUGACGACGUGGUGGGUCUUAUCGUCUUCAAGUCCGGCGUGGUCGACCACUCCGGCGCGCUCUCCUCUUGGCAGGAGGACGACGAAGCCCCCUGCGCCACCUGGGCCCACAUCCAGUGCAGCGCCGCCACCGGCCGCGUGGUGAACGUCUCCCUCUCCGGCCUCGGGCUCUCCGGCCAUCUCAAUCGGGGGCUCGCUAAGCUCUCCGCCCUGGAAUCCCUCUCCCUCGCCGGUAACAACUUCUCCGGCGUCCUGCCCUCCCACCUCUCCCUCCUCCCCGCCCUCCGCCUCCUCAACCUCUCCUCCAACGCCUUCUCCGGCGCCAUGCCCGGCGAGCUCGGCGCGCUGGCGGCGACCCUCACCGCGCUGGACCUCUCCGACAACGCGCUCUCCGGCGCGAUCCCUGAUGAGAUCUUCUCCGGUUCCCUCCGCUACCUCUCCCUCGCCGGCAACGCACUCUCGGGCCCGCUUCCCCUCGGGCUGUCCCGCUGCGGCUCACUCCUGCAUCUGAACCUAUCCGGGAAUCGACUCUCCGGGGAGCCGGACUUCGCCGGGAGCCUGCUCCCCCUCCGGCGGCUAAGGGUGCUCGACCUCUCCCGGAACGAGCUCGCCGGCCCGGUGCCGGAGGGGAUGGGGCUCCUCCACAACCUCAAGGUCCUGCGCCUUAACGGCAAUCGGUUCUCCGGCGGGGUCCCGCUCGGGAUCGGGUAUUGUCCCCACCUUACCGAGGUCGACCUCAGCGGGAACGGCUUCUCUGGUUCGGUCCCCUACACGAUGCAGUGGCUGAGUUCGCUCGCCUUCCUCAACCUCUCCGGCAACCAGCUCUCCGCCGACCUCCCGUCCUGGGUCUCCAAUCUGACCAGUCUCCAGAGCCUCGACCUGUCGGACAACAGGCUCGGGGGGAGCCUGCCGCCGGCGAUGGGGGACCUCAGGGAGCUCACCUCCCUCUUCCUCUCCGGCAACGGCAUCGCCGGGGAGAUCCCGGCAUCGGUGGUGGCGUGCGGGAAGCUGGCGAGGGUCAGCCUCAGGGGGAACGCCAUUAAGGGGAGCAUCCCUGCGGGGCUGCUGGAGCUGGGGCUGGAGGAGCUGGACCUCUCCGACAACGAGCUCACCGGAGGGAUCCCACCCGGGUCGACCCGGCUGUUCGAGACGUUGCGGCGGCUGGACCUGUCGCGGAACCGGCUGACGGGGGACAUACCGCCGGAGAUGGCUCUCUACUUCAACCUCCACCACCUGAAUCUCUCGUGGAACGACCUCCGGUCGCGGCUGCCGCCGGAGCUCGGCUACUUCCGCAACCUGUCGGUGCUCGACCUCCGCAGUAGCGCCCUCUACGGGCCGAUCCCCGGCGACCUCUGCGACUCCGGCAGCCUCGCCGUCCUCCAACUCGACGGCAACUCCCUCAGCGGCCCCAUUCCUGAAGAAAUCGGCAACUGCUCCUCCCUACACCUGCUGUAAGUGUAUCAACCUCUCUAUCUUUCUCUCUCUCUCCCUCUACCCCGUCUGCUGGGUUCUUUCCGAGAGUUUUUUUUCCUUCUAAAUUUGGGAUCUUCCGCCGGGCAGGGGCCUGUCGCACAACAGCUUGAAUGGGUCGAUCCCGCCGGGGCUGUCCCGGCUGAGGAAGCUGGAGAUUCUGAACCUGGAGUUCAACGACCUGAGCGGCGAGAUCCCGCCGGAGCUCGGAGCCCUUGACAGUCUCCUCGCCGUCAACAUCUCGCACAACCGCCUGAUCGGCCGCCUGCCAACCGGCGGCGUCUUCCCCAGCCUCGACCAGAGCGCCAUCGACGGGAACGCCGGCAUCUGCUCCCCCCUCGUCCACGAGCCCUGCAGGAUGAACGUUCCCAAGCCGCUCGUCCUCGACCCCGAUAGCUACCGGUCGGCGAACGGCGGGCCGGCAGGAGACCUCGUCGGCGCCUCCGGCAGCCCGUCCUCUGCGGCUGUGGCCGCCGCCAAGGCCCGCCACCGGCGGUUCCUGAGCGUGUCGGCCAUCGUCGCCAUCUCCGCCGCGUUGGUCAUCGUCCUCGGCGUGGUCGUGGUAGCCCUGCUCAACGCCUCGGCGCGCCGGCGCGUGGGUCUGGUGGAGACCGCCCUGGAGAGUAUGUGCUCGAGCUCGACCCGUUCCGGCGACCCCGCCGUGGGGAAGCUCGUCCUCUUCGGCCCCCGCAGCGAGCUCCUCUCCGAGGACUUCGGUGGCAGCGGCGAGGCCCUGCUCCACAAGGCCACCGAGAUCGGGCGCGGCGCCUUCGGCACCGUCUACAAGGCCGCCGUCGCCUCCGACAAGCUCGUCGCCGUCAAGAAGCUGCUCACCGCCAACAUCGUGCAGUACCACGACGACUUCGACCGCGAGGUGCGCAUCCUCGGCAAGGCUCGCCACCCCAACCUGAUGCCCCUCCGUGGCUACUACUGGACCCCACAGCUACAGCUCCUUAUCUCCGACUACGCCGGCGGCGGCAGCCUCCAGGCCCGCCUCCACGACCGCCCCGAUCUGCCCCCCCUGAACUGGGCCGCCCGCUUCAAGAUCGCCCUCGGUGCUGCCAAGGGGCUGGCCCACCUGCACCAGUCCUUCCGCCCGCCCAUCAUCCACUACAACGUGAAGCCCGGCAACAUCCUCCUCGACGACGCCGGCGACGCGCGGCUGGCGGACUUCGGGCUGGCGCGUCUCCUGCCCAAGCCCGACCGGCACGCCGUCGGCAGCCGCUUCCAGACCGCGCUCGGCUACGUGGCCCCCGAGAUGGCCUGCCAGAGCCUCCGCGUUAACGAGCGCUGCGACGUGUACGGCUUCGGCGUGGUGGUGCUGGAGCUGGUGACGGGGCGCCGGCCGGUGGAGUACGGAGAGGACGACGUGGUCAUCCUCGUGGACCAGGUGCGGGCGCUGCUCGAGCGUGGCGCGGCGCUGGACUGUGUCGACCCGCGCCUGGGGCCCUUCCCGGAGGACGAGGUCCUACCGGUGCUCAAGCUCGGGCUCGUCUGCACGUCGCAGAUCCCCUCCAGCCGCCCCUCCAUGGCGGAGGUGGUGCAGAUCCUGCAGGUCAUAAAGACGCCGGUGCCGGAGAGGAUGGAAGCCUUCUGA